CCCCCGGAGUCGACCUAAAACCCAGCCCGCCUUCCCCCUGAUCAUCUGAGGCUCCGUGGUGCGUUCGAUUUGGCAUCUACGCUCUCGGCUCAUCCCUCGCUUUUAGGUCUCAUCCUUCUCCCUUCAAUCCCCCGCGUUCCUGUUUAAGGGUUGGUGUACACCAUCUCCUUGUCUCUAGUCUCCUAGAGCUUGUACCCCGGUCUUCCCUGGCCCGUGCUCCCGCGGCUUCCCUGAAGCUAGCUCCCCGCCCUCGCUCCUUCCCUCCCACUCUCCCGCGAGUCCGCCGCCCCUUUCCCGGAGUUCGCCCGCCCCUAGCGUCGCGCUGCACGCCCGGAGUUCGCCCGCUGCCCUUUCGGGGACAGGGGGCAUCGCCACCAUCAUGCUCCCCGCCAUCUACACGGCAGUGGCGGGGCUGCUGCUCCUUCCGCUGCUGGUGAAUUUCUGCUGCCCCUACUUCUUCCAGGACACUGGGUACUUCCUGAAGGUGGUCGGAGUGGCCCGAAGAGUACGCAGCUACUCGCGACGCCGGCCGGUGCGCACGAUCUUGACCGCCUUCUUGGAGCGAGUGCGCCAGACCCCAAACAAACCAUUUGUGCUCUUCCAAGAUGAGACUCUCUCCUACGCGCAGGUGGACCGACGGAGCAACCAAGCGGCACGUUUGCUUCACGACCGCCUCGGACUUCGGCAGGGGGAUUGCGUGGCCGUCUUUCUGGCCAACGAGCCGGCCUAUGCUUGGCUGUGGCUGGGGAUGCUGAAGUUGGGCUGCGCCAUGGCCUGUCUCAACUACAACAUCCGAGCCAAGUCACUGAUACAUUGCUUCCAGUGUAGUGGGGCCAAAGUGCUGCUGGCCUCUCCAGACCUACAAGCCGCCAUUGAAGAGGUGUUGCCAAGCCUGAAGAAAGAUGAUGUUACUGUCUGUUAUCUGAGUAGAACUUCGAUCACAGAUGGUGUUGACUCCUUGCUUGAUAGACUGGAUGAAACUUCUGAUGAACCCAUCCCAGAAUCUUGGAGGUCAGAUGUAGACUUUGCCACUCCUGCCUUGUACAUCUAUACUUCUGGGACCACAGGUCUCCCCAAAGCUGCUGUGAUAAAUCAUCGGCGCAUAUGGUACGCCACCGGCCUCAUCUAUGCCAGCAAUAUCACUUCUGAGGAUGUGAUCUAUACUUGUCUGCCCUUGUAUCACAGUGCUGCCCUCUUGAUUGGAUUAAAUGGAUGCAUCAUAAAAGGUGCUACCAUAGCUUUGCGUACCAAAUUUUCAGCCAGCCAGUUUUGGGAAGACUGCAGAAAAUACAAAGUGACAGUCAUACAGUACAUCGGUGAACUGCUGCGGUAUUUGUGCAACGUACCUGAGAAACCUAAUGAUCGUGAUCACAGAGUGAGAAAGGCCAUUGGGAAUGGCUUGCGAGGAGAUGUUUGGAGGGAAUUCCUCAGGCGAUUUGGAGACAUUCAAAUUUAUGAAUUCUAUGCUGCCACUGAAGGAAAUAUAGGAUUUUUUAAUUAUCCAAGAAAGAUUGGUGCUAUUGGGAAGCAAAACUUUUUACAGAAGAAAGCUGUUUCCUAUGAGCUGAUUAAAUAUGAUGUAGAGAAAGAUGAACCCGUCCGAGAUGGAAAUGGAUACUGCAUAAAAGUUCCCAAAGGUGAAGUAGGGCUGUUAAUUUGCAAAAUCACACAACUUACACCAUUCAGCGGCUAUGCUGGAGGAAAGGCUCAAACAGAGAAGAAAAAGCUAAGAGAUGUCUUCAAGAAAGGCGAUGUCUAUUUCAACAGCGGUGACCUACUAUUAAUUGAUCACGAAAACUUCAUCUACUUCCAUGACAGAAUUGGAGAUACUUUCAGAUGGAAAGGGGAAAAUGUGGCCACUACGGAAGUUGCAGAUAUCAUGGGGCUAGUUGACUUUGUCCAAGAAGUUAAUGUUUAUGGAGUGCCUGUACCAGGUCACGAGGGUCGAAUAGGAAUGGCAUCCAUCCGAGUAAAGGAGGACCAUGAAUUUGACGGGAAGAAACUCUACAAGCAUGUUUCUGAGUACCUGCCUAGCUAUGCAAGACCUCGAUUCCUAAGGCUUCAGGAUACCAUUGAAAUCACUGGAACUUUUAAGCACCGUAAAGUGACACUUGUAGAAGAGGGAUUCAACCCUGCUGUCAUCAAAGAUGCUUUAUAUUUCUUGGAUGACACAGAGAAAAUGUACAUACCUAUGACUGAAGAUAUUUAUAAUUCCAUAAGUGAUAAAAGUCUGAAACUCUGAAUGUCUCCAGGACUGCAACUAGAAAUUUAUCCAGGAUACAAUCUCUGAAUAUGCCUGAUCCAACAUUUGUUAUAAUCUAUUUUUAAUUUGAUUGAAGAUCAUAAAAUACAAUUCUCUAUGAACUUAUGCAUACUGUAAGGGAAGAGGGUUUUUUGUUGUGGUUUUGCAUUUUUUUAAAUUUAUCUGAACUUUUGCAAAUGCAAAGUUAUAGAGUUAAUUUGUUUUUAAAUUUGCACCUACUGUUUGUAUUUGCAAACUGAACUUAUUGAGGGAAGGGAGUGUGUUUUUUUAAAAAAUGAUAAUAAAACAGAUCAGCAUUAAA